UCAGUCCACUCUCGCCGGCAAAACUGAUUCAAGCGCGAGAGGAGAACGAGGACCGCAGGGCGACCAAAACCCUAAACCUAGUUCCUCUCUUCCUCCGCCGCCGCCGCCGCCGUCGUCUCCACUGGCGAUGGAGUCCCUCGGUGUCCUCCUCACCUACCCCAUGGACUCCUACCUCGAGGAGGAGCUCAGCAAGCGGUGCAAGCUCUUCCGGCUGUGGGAGACCCCACCGGAGAAGCGGCGGGAGUUCCUCCGGGCUAAUGCCGCCACGAUCCGGGCGGUGGUGGGGAACACCGCGGUGGGGGCGGACGCGGAGACGAUCGACGCGCUGCCGGCGCUGGAGAUCGUGGCGUCCUUCAGCGUGGGGCUCGACAAGGUGGACCUCGCCAAGUGCCGGGAGAGGGGAAUUCGGGUCACCAACACCCCAGAUGUCCUCACCGACGACGUCGCCGACCUCGCCAUCGGCCUCGCGAUCGCCACCAUGCGCCGGCUCUUCGCGGCCGAUCGGUACGUCCGGGGCGGGGCAUGGAAGGCCAAGGGGGAUUACAAGCUCACCUCUAAGUUCAGUGGUAAAACAGUUGGUAUAAUUGGGCUUGGCAGGAUUGGUUGGGCCAUAGCCGAAAGAGCUGAAGCAUUUGGUUGCCCCAUCAGCUAUUACUCAAGAUCAGAAAAGCCACAGACAGAUUACAAAUACUACUCAAGUGUUGUUGCUUUGGCAGCUAACUGCAAUGUGCUGAUCGUAGCGUGCGCACUGACAGAGGAAACUCACCACAUUGUCAACCGUGAGGUCAUUGAUGCCUUGGGCCCAAAGGGCGUGCUUGUGAACAUUGGACGGGGACCUCACGUAGAUGAGCCAGAGCUUGUGUUCGCUCUGCUCGAGGGCCGCCUUGGAGGGGCUGGCCUCGAUGUGUUUGAGGAUGAACCAGAUGUCCCUGAGCAGCUGUUUGGCUUAGAAAAUGUGGUGUUGGUGCCUCAUGUGGGGAGCAGCACCUGGGAAACCUGUAAAGCAAUGGCGGACCUGGUUCUUGGGAACUUAGAGGCCCAUGUUACAAACAAGCCCCUGUUGACUCCAGCGCUGUGAGAUUGCACACAGAAAAUGCAGGGGAAACUGAGAAGAGGAUUAUGCUUCACUUAACCAUGCUGUGUGUAUGGCAAAUUUUUUGAAAUAUGAUAGUUAUUUUGGGAUGUCAUGUUUAAAGAUGAACAUGAUUACCGAACAUUUCAGCUGUUGAUACAAUUUUUUUCAUCAAUUACUGCAUGAUUGCCAAACUUUUCUAAGCUGUUUGCAUUCUCCUCUGCUGGGUUAUUGAUUCGAGAGGUAGCUAAAAAGCUGGCAUACACACACAGCUGAUGUCGC